UUCGAAUAUAUAUUCGUAUGAUUGAUCCGUUCUUUGAUUAAAUCGUUUCUCGCGGUUGCCUCGCUAACCGAUCGAGCCCAGGGACUUCUGCUUCGGCGGCGCUCCGUGUGGCGGCCGCCUACGACCCUCGUCGCGUCGACAUCAUGCCGCGACCCGCGACUGUAGCGAGGGUCAAUGCCAGCGACGGGACAGGCGGGCAUGUGGAAGGACGGUGACGCGACAGUCACGAUCGCGUAGUCGCGGGUGUAAAUACGACGAGUUUCCUUCGCAUUCCUCCCCUCCACUUAGAACCGGUUUAUCCAACAUCCAACCGGUGCGUGUCCGUCCGCCGCGGGCCGCACGCCGAGAGACAUGCCACUUCCCCGAGGACCGCGAUAACGAUGGCAUCGCUCGACGAGCCGUUGGACGGGAUCGAGUCACGCUUUACACGUGCCGCCGACGAGACCGAAUGGAUCCCGUUGUCUCUGACACUGGUGGAGUAUCCGCAAGGAGAUGUCUUCGGGCAGCUUUUGGCUGUAAUAAGUUUAAUUCCCUUCGCCAUUGUAGCUGGCUUCAUAACGUUAAUACUCUUCAGGAGAGAUUUACAUACUGUAAGUUAAUUGUGAUUAUGUAUCUUAGGUUUGUUUUUUUAUA